AUGCCAAACCCUAGCUUUACGUUGGCAGAAGGCCAGCCAGUUGCAAACCCAUCUGUCAGUACUACGUUGCCGACUCUUGGCAGCGGAGGCAUCACGACCUUGGGCGACACACUCCUCAUCGAAACUCUUUCGCAUUUUAACCGCGAGCGGAUUCCCGAAAGAGUGGUCCAUGCCAAAGCUGCAGGUGCUUGGGGCGAGUUCGAGGUCACCAAUGACAUAUCUUCCCUUACAUCGGCCAAGUUCCUCAAUGGCGUGGGUAAGAAAACUCCGGUGCUGUUCCGUCUUAGCACCACUGGCGGUGAAAAGGGCAGUGCAGACACCGUCCGCGAUGUUCGCGGCUUUUCGGUCAAGUUCUUCACAGAGGAAGGCAAUCACGACAUUGUUGGGAACCACGUUCCGGUGUUUUUUGUGCGUGAUCCGAUAAGGUUUCCAUCCCUCAAUAGAAGUCACAAAAGGCAUCCUGCCACCAACCGGCCGGAUUGGACUAUGUUUUGGGACUUCCAUGUGAACCAGCCAGAGAGCGUUCACGCUUUGAUGCACCUGUUUGGCUCUCGCGGUAUCCCUGAUUCCAUCCGUCGGGUGACAGGUUUCGGUGUGCAUACUUUUAAGAUGGUAGCAGCCGAUGGCAGGUUCCGCUACUGCAAGUUCCAUUUCCGGCCAACUCAGAGCAUUACCCAUUUCUCUCAGCAGCAGGCCACUCGCAUGGCGGGGGCAAACGCAGAUUUCCAUACCCAGGACCUGUGGGAUGCCAUCUCCCGUGGACAGUUUCCAGCGUGGAAGCUAUACGUGCAGGUCAUGGAGCCCGAGCAAGCUGAGACCUACGGUCGUGCUCUUUUUGAUAUCACGAAAGUCUGGCCCCACAAGGAUUUUCCUUUGACUGAAGUGGGUCAGAUGACUCUGAACAAGAAUCCGGAUAAUUAUUUUGCCGAGAUCGAACAAGCGGCAUUCUCGCCUUCCAACAUGGUACCUGGAAUUGCCAUGACACCAGAUCCUAUGUUGCAGGCGCGCAUGUUUGCCUAUCCUGACGCUCAACGAUACCGCUUGGGGGUGAACUACGCGCAACUCCCCCCAAACCGCGCAAUUUGCCCCGUCUACGCACCGUUUGAGCGUGAUGGCAUGGGAACCGUGACUCGAAACUAUGGCGGUGACCCCAACUAUGUGCGCAGUACGCUGAGCCCAGGCGUGCCCAGCCAGGUGGUUUCCGACGUGCGUCACACCGAGCGCAUUGGACACAAUGCUAUCCUCGGCCAAAAUGAGAUUUUGGUUGACGAUGAGGACUACGUCCAGCCACGAGAGCUAUGGAACAGGGUCUUCGAUGAGACUGAGAAAAUGCAGUGGGUGGCGAAUGUGUCGGAGACCUUGGUGGACGUGCCUGCACAGCUGAAGGAGGCGGUCAUGGCGAUGUUCAGCGAGGUUGACCCCCGUAUUGGCCACUUGAUAGGAGCUAAGACUAAGAGUAGCCCGCACCUUUGA